AUGUGCAUUUCAACUGUUCUUUACUGGUUAAAUUUUAGUGCUCGCGCCAAAUCGAUUCAAGGUACCGUUGCUCAAGGAACCAAACAAGUUGCUCAUGGUGUUGUGACUCACACAAAAAGUGCUGCAGAUUCUUUGCAAACGGGAUUGGAGACGGGUGUAAAAGUGGUCGGCGAUGCGGCUAGUGCUGCAGCAAAUCAAGCAAAGGCUGCUGCUGAUGUCGUAGCGGCUGUGCCAGGACGAGUAGUGGAUAUGGGGACCAGUCUGGUGUCAGACGGAAUCAAUGGAGUGCAGGAGAUAUUCAAUGUGGAAGUUGAGGUG